AUGGCCGAGCUGCCGCGCCCUCAGCCAGUGUACCCUUUCCACAUGCCGACUACUUUCUCGUUCCCUGGAAUGCCAGGUAAGCUCCAGAUGCACCAGAAGACUCACCUCAUGAAAGAACGGGUUCCAGGAACCAGCACCGCCGAUUUCUACAGUUUUCUCUGCCAGCCGGUUCUCUCAGCAGUUGGUCCACAAACGACCACUGAGUUAAAUCCGAAAUCGAACGAAGAAAGGCCUGCUUCUCCAUCAGUCGAUACCUGCAGUUCGGUUAGUUCUUUUCAAGGCAGCCCAGGAACAAAAUGCAUGUUUUCAGCGAUGUUCUUCAACAGAAAGUGCCAAGAUCCGUCGUGGACGACCGCAACAAGACAUCGAAGACAACGACGACCCGCAGAGCCAGAAGAAGCGACACCGCCGGAUGUACGCCCGCAAGUACCGGUAAAUAUCAGAAAAAGUAGUCCCAGUGAGACGAUAGAAAACGUUGCAGAGCUCAGAUGAGGCGGAAGGUCGACAACGUUCCAAUGCUUGUGCAGGAGCUGGAAGAGCUUCGGAACCAAGUGAAGCAGCUGAAAUCCGAGCUGAAGAGCUCGCAGCUGGCCGUUUGCCAACGCGAUGUCUUGAUCGGCGAACUCCUUUCCGGAUGCGUCAAGCUCUCCCUUUAA